AUGCGACCACCAUCGCUCCUCCCGCUAUUCGGAAUUCUAGGCUUACCAAGCGCCCUCGCAACGGCCCCAAACAACGAGCCGAUCAAAAAUGAAAAUCACAUUUUCAACGUGAUCCAAGACUCCAUGCGCCAGUGGGGAUCGUCUCUACACCACAAUGGCGCGUCGUUCUUCCUCGCGGGUGUUCCCGCCGGUACACAACUCUACCAUGGAACUUCCAAGGCCAACCCGGUGAAUGGCACCGAGUGGUUGGCGUUUGAGCCCGAACAUGCCAUGGUCUUCGCCCGGCCGCGACGUGGUCCCCCGCCACACCUACCGCCUAACGAUGAUGAUACCGAGCCAGAAGAUGGAGGCCAUGGCGAGUUGCGGAAGCGGGAACACCAUGACACAGAUGAGAAACAUCACGGCCCGCCGAAGGCAUUGGAUGAGAAUGAGUCGGGGUACUUGCAUACCUAUUCUGCAGCCAAGUAUCUCCGUCUUCUGUAUCUUGACGGUAUGUCUGCUGCCAAGACAUCGAAAGGCACGCUUGAUUCUCAGGAUGCUGUUUUGUUCAGCGGCUCGUUCGAUGAUUCUCCGGGUUGGGGUGGGCAAGAAAACGAACGCGCCAGACUGGCCUGCGAGAUGGCCAAGAACGAAUGGGAUGAUCGCAUUGACGGUGUGCUGCGUAUGGAAGCUGGCUUUGAGAUUAUCUUGUGCGACUUUGAGCGCGACCUCACUCCUGUGCGAAUCACGCAGGUCAAGCAGAACUCUGAGGAACAACGUGCGCCUAGGAACAGUAAACAUGGCGAUCGGAAUGGUCCUCGCAAAGAUGGUGGUGACAAGCACGACGGCGUUCAUGGCCUGAGGAAAGAGGACGAUGGAAAGAGACAUGGCCCCGGUGGGCCUGGUGGUCCUAGAGGUCCUCCCCACGGCGGACCUGGAAACGGACCCGACUCGUCGCGAUGGAUGCGUGCGAUCACCGCACGCUACAACGGAAUCGGUGGAAACCGUGUUUCGCUGAACUUCAACCACUUUGUGACUGCCUUCUCCAGUAAUGUAGACCUGUUCCAAGACAAUUCAACCCUUCCCCGACUUGCCAACCUCUCUCCUGGGGAGCGUGCUUUUAUUCGUGCCGAAGUCACGAAUCUGAUCAUGACGCAUCAUCCCGCUGAUUUCAGCGAGGACUGGCAGGCGAUUACGGAUAUGAUCGUGACUCGGUACAGCAAGGAGCUGUCAUACUUUGUUUCCGGUAGCAUUGAUUCAAUCGAGCGCCUGCAGUCUGAGAUUGAGCGUGUUUUGACUCCGUUCAUUGACUACAGUGAGCGGGAUGACGGCGCGGAGAUUGAGCGUUGUGCAACUCAGUUCUUGCCGUCGUCAUCUUUAGAAAGUGGCAGUAUUGCGGCGCAUGCUGUUCACGGUGUUGCUCGCAGAAUCUGCUCGUCUUUGAUUGAGGCUGGGAAGGAAAAGGAGCUUGAGUCUGCGGUCCAGGUUGUUCGGAAUCUUGUUAGUUAUCUUGAUUGGGCGACGUGGAAGGAGUGCCGGGGUUGUGCGGCAAAUGAGAUUUGUGUCGUGCCUAUUUGGCCCAUGGGUACAAUCCAGGACUAUGAGAGCCCUGAGUGUAAGGAUGCAUCAAAUCCAUAUGAUCAGGGUGGAGAGAGUUACUGGGGUGGAAUGCACCACUGA